AUGGCGUCUGUCGAGGCGGAGAGAACUGAGUUGAAGGAGGAGGGGAUCAUUCAAGCGGCUACAGAGUUAACCCAGGAUCCUCAAUCCAAGGUGAACCCGGACACUGUUGAAGAGACUCUUGUUAAGGAAACAAAAGAAGCUGGUAUCCCUGCAUACCAAUUCGAUCCUAAUAGCUCGCCCGAAGAUAAGGCGGCAGCAGCCCAGGCGCGUUUGCCGCCGGGUUUUCACCAUGACAAGAAACCAAAGGGAAUUGCAGUGAUUACAGAUAAGGAUGACGGAAAGGCAGAUUACGACCUUCCCCCACCCCGAUCAGCAACGACCCUAAUUGCCGAGGAUGCGAAUGCAGCGGAGGGCGAGAAAAUCGAUCAGGAUGAGGACAUGAGAUGGGCGCGGGAUCGUACUGGGUGGGCGCCAAAAUUCCACCAGGAUCUCACUGAGGAGGAACAGGCUGAGGGGACCUUGAUCGAUCACCAAACCUUCUUGGAGGGCCGUCUGUCGGAUAAGUUUUUCGGCGAUUGGUACCACAAUGCAGGAGUGAUCGUUUUCGCGUGUCUGGCCUCAUGGAUCAUCGCCAAUCUGGGUGGUGGUAUUGGUUGGGUCCUCAUGGUGAUGGCGGCAUGCAGUACCUACUACCGCACAUCGUUGCGUCGGGUGCGCCGCAAUUACCGUGACGAUGUUAACCGUGAAAUGUCCAAGCAGCGCCUGGAGACCGAUACCGAGAGUCUCGAGUGGAUUAACAGCUUCCUUGUUAAGUUCUGGCCUAUCUAUGCCCCCGUUCUUUGCGAUACUAUCAUCAGCUCCGUCGAUCAGGUCCUGAGUACCUCCACCCCCGCUUUCCUCGAUAGUUUGCGCCUGAAGACCUUCGUCCUGGGUACCAAGCCCCCGCGUCUCGAGCAUGUCAAGACCUACCCCAAGACCGAACCCGAUACCGUUAUCAUGGACUGGAAGUUCAGCUUCACCCCGAAUGACACUAUGGAUUUGACCGCUCGUCAAUUGAAGAACAAGAUCAAUCCUAAGGUCGUUCUGGAGGUUCGUGUGGGUAAAGGUCUUCUCAGCAAGGGUCUGGAUGUAAUUGUGGAGGAUAUGGCUUGCUCAGGUUUGAUGCGUGUCAAGGUUAAGCUGCAGAUUCCUUUCCCUCACAUUGAACGUGUGGAUGUCUGUUUCUUGGACAAGCCAGAUCUCGAUUACGCCUGUAAGCCCUUGGGAGGUGAUCUACUCGGUUUCGAUAUCAACUUUAUCCCCGGUCUCGAGAACUUUAUCAAGGAGCAGAUUCAUGCCAACUUGCAGCCCAUGAUGUACGACCCGAACGUCUUCCCUAUUGAAAUUGCCAAGAUGCUGGCUGGAAACCCUGUUGAUCAAGCCAUUGGCGUGGUUGCCGUCACUCUGCACGGAGCCAAUCAAUUGAAGAACCCCGAUAAAUUCGCUGGUACUCCCGAUCCUUACGCGGUUGUGUCUCUGAAUGGCAGAGUAGAAUUGGGCCGUACGAAGGUUGAGCGGGAUACCGACAGUCCUCGUUGGAACGAAACCAUCUAUGUUAUCAUCACCUCCUACACUGACGCAUUGACAAUCAAGACCUUUGAUUGGAAUGAAUUCCGUAAGGAUAAGGAACUUGGAACUUCUUCCUUUGGAUUGGAUAAACUGGAAGCCGAGCCUACUCACGAAGGUGUCAUGUUGGAAGUCUUGUCCAGUGGCCGUCACCGUGGUGCUAUUCAGGCUGAUAUCCGCUUCUUCCCUGUGAUUGAAGGCAGAAAGCUGGACAGCGGCGAGACUGAGCCCCCACCAGAGCUGAACACCGGUAUCGCUCAGUUCACUGUUGAGCAGGCCAAGGACUUGGAUGGAUCCAAGAGUUUGGUUGGCAAGCUGAACCCCUACGGUGUUCUGCUUCUGAACGGAAAGGAAAUCCACAUUACCAAGAAGUUGAAGCGUACCAACAACCCUAUCUUCCAGGAUGCUGCCAAGGAAUUCUUAGUUACCGAUCGCAAGAACGCGAAGCUGGGACUGAUUAUCAAGGAUGACCGUGACCUGAUGGCCGACCCCAUCAUUGGCCGCUACCAGAUUAAGAUGAACGAUAUGAUCAAGAUGCAAGAGCAAGGCAAGCAAUGGUUCCACCUUCAUGGAGCUAAUGCUGGACGUGCUAAACUGAUGCUGCAAUGGAAGCCUGUUGCUUUGGGCAGUGUUGCCGGCGGUGCUGGCUACAUUGAUCCAAUCGGUGUUAUGCGUUUCCACUUCAAGAGUGCCACUGAUCUGCGCAACCUCGAAGCCAUGGGCAAGUCUGACCCUUACGCUCGUAUUCUCUUGUCUGGCCUAACCAAGGGCCGUACUGUUACCUUCCGCAACAACCUCAACCCCGACUGGGACGAGAUUGUGUAUGUUCCUAUUCGCAGCGCUCGCGAGAAGCUGAGCGUGGAAGUCAUGGAUGAGGAGACUAUCAACAAGGACCGUACUCUUGGCUGGACUGAACUCAAGGCAUCCGACUUUGUUCGCGAGACUGAGACUGGCGAGUACGAAAUCGACGAUGAGAAGCAGCUGAUUACCAGCUCUCUUCGUAUCGGCACUGGAAACCCUAAGGGUCAUAUCAACUACACUGUUUCCUUCUUCCCCACUAUUCCUGUGGUGAACCCCGAAGAUGAGGUUGAGGAGGAAGAGGAAGAGCAGAAGGGUGACGGCACUCCUUCCGAGCCCCCUCUCACUCCUCUCAAGAGCAACCACUCGAAGACUGCCAGCGUGGACUCCAAGGCUUCCAAGGUCUCCAAGCCUCUGUCUAACGGAACUGCUACUAACGGCGUCACGAAUGGAGAGCCAACCGCCAACGGUCGGGCCAGUCUUGACACUACUGUAUCUCGUGCUGCCACAGCUCGCGAUUCCGAGACUGCCUCUGUUCGGUCAUUCAAGGAGGUCCCCAAGACCUACGUUGGUGUUGAUGAUCUCAGCAAAUACGAGUCGGGUUUCAUUGUAUUCAAGUUCCACGAAGGUCAAUUGGCGCAUAAAGAUGUGCAGUUGGAGGUUCUGAUUGAUGACUACAUGUUCCCUGCCUACACCUCGCCCAAGAUCCACAGUCAAACAGUGAAGACUUCUGAUAUUGGCGAGGCUUUCGUUCGUGAGCUCGAAUUCUCCAAGCUCACCCUGCGCUUGGUCAACAAGGAUGAUCCCAAGGACUCCAGCGAGGAGCACACUGUUGGCAAGCUCACUGGUGAUACUCUACCCACCCUGCAACGCAUCCUGUACACUCCCACCGAGCUUGUUCUCCGUUCCAACUCUGGUGAGGUCAGCAAGGUCACUGUCAGCGCUCGCUACAUUCCUGUACAGAUGAAGCUCGACCCCAAGGAGAGCAUCAACAACAUGGGAACUCUCCGUGUCGAUGUUCUGGACGCUGCUGACCUGCCCUCCGCUGACCGCAACGGAUUCAGUGAUCCUUACUGUAAGUUCCGCAUUGGCGAGGACCACAAGGAUGUUUUCAAGACCAAGGUACAGAAGAAGACUCUCCACCCCGCGUGGAAUGAAUUCUUCGAGAUCCCCAUCAAAUCCCGUAUUGGGGCCAAUUUCCAUGUCGAUGUAUACGACUGGGACUUUGGUGACUCGGCUGAUUGGCUGGGUGCUGCCCCAAUUGAGCUUGAGUCCAUAGAACCCUUCCAGGCUCAAGAGGUGACUCUGCCUCUGAAUGGAAAGUCUGGUGCUAUCCGAUUGAAGCUUCUCUUCAAGCCUACCUACGUGGUCCGGGCUCGACAGGGUUCCGCCACUUUUGCCGGCACCUUCGCUGUGCCCGGCAAGAUUGUCGGUGCCCCCGUCAAGGGUGUCGGAUUCGUUGGUGGCAAUGUCGUUCGCGGUGCUUCCUUCCUGAAGCACGGUGUUAUGUCCCGCAUCCACAAGAACAAACACAGCGAUUCCGAUGCUGCCUCCUUGGCGGAGGUUCCAGACGGAGCUGUCGAGGAAGCCCCCUCUUCUCCUCCCCGGAUCACCGGUGGUGGCUUGAGCCCAGCGGUCGCUUUGGGAGAUGCUCCUUCUGGAGCUACCACUCCUACUAAGGAGCACAGUCGCUCCCGAAGCACAGCAUCUCAAUACGGCGACCGCCUCAGUGUCUUUGGCGGUGGUGGUCGUGGCGAUGCGGGAACUGCGCACAUCACUGUCGUCUCUGCAUCGAACUUCCCUCCUACUGCGAACCUGCGUGUUUCCCACAAGGGCGGCGAGGUUGAGUUCAACGAUACUUUCAAGGUGCCCAAUACCACCGCCGACGUGCAGUACCAAGUCCGUGUCGUCAACCACUCCACCUUUGGCUCUGAUGAGACUCUGGGUGAGACACUUUUCUUCGUUGAGGACCAAGGCUCCAGUGCUGGUCAGGACAAGAGUAUCACCGUUGGUUCUGGAAGUGUGACUAUUCGAUCUAGCUUCGCUGCCUCAGACGCUGGUCUGCGUCCUACUACCUCGCACUCUACUGCUGGUGGUAACGGUGACGAGAGCCCUGAUAGCCCUGACUCUCGCAAACCUCGCCGUAGCUUCCUUGGCAAGCGAAAUGUCAGUGGGGUAUAA